AUGAUGACGAUUUUGGAACUUCCAGAUGAUGUGUUAGAAGAGAUAUUCUGUCGUGUUCCGGUUUUGUCUCUUAUUCGGCUACGAUCUACAUGCAAAAGAUGGAACAUGAAACGUUUGUUCAACGAUAAGAGAUUCACAUCUAACCACCUUGAGAAAGCCCCAAAGCAGUGUAUGGCGCUCAUGUUGAAUGAGUUUAGGUUAUGUUUGAUGCGCAUCCAUAACCGUAGGUUUUCACCUAUUAAGGUCAAAGGCGAACUUAGCCUAAUUGACCCUAGUUCUAGUUUAUACCAAAUCAGGAUAUCUCAAGUCUUUCACUGCGACGGCUUAUUGUUAUGUGUUACCACCGGUGAUAGAAUCCCUAGGCUCGUGGUUUGGAAUCCGUGUACUGGUCAAACAAGGUGGAUCAAAAUCGAUCCUUUAAGCCAAGGCGCUACAUAUGGUCUUGGAUGUUACCAAGACAAAGAGUCCAACAUUGAUUAUAGCUACAAAAUAUUGAGUGGCAUGGUUUAUGGGCCUUAUUUCGACAUACAAGAACCCGGAAAUUAUAUAAAAGAGAAACAAGAAUUCAAAAUUUAUGAGAUGAAGUCUAAUUCAUGGAGGGUACUUGAUGCAACUUUGGACUUCAUAAUUUUGGAACUUGAUCGGGGCGUGUCUUUGAAGGGAAAGACUUACUGGAUUGCUGAUGAUAUAGAAAGUCUAGAAGAAUAUAAAUUCUUAGUAAGUUUUGAUUAUUCAACAGAAAGAUUUGAACAUGUAUGUCUUCCGGAUCAGGGUUCUAGGUUUGAAACUCUGUCUGUAUCCCUUGUUGGAGGAGAGAAACUUUCGGUGUUUUUACAACGGGUUUUUGAAAGGAAGAUAAACAUAUACGUGUCAAAUAAGAUUGGUGAUACCAAAGUGGUGUCGUGGAGCAAGGUCUUAGCGGUAGAUUUAGAUUUCUAUUUGACUGAGGAUGGCAGAAAUUUCCUUGUCGAUGAGGAGAGAAAAGUCCUCGUGUGUUGUGCUUCGGAAGGCCGUGUACACAUCGUUGGAGUUGACAAUAAUGUCAGAGUUCACGUAGUUAGUGCGACUCCGUUAUCUUUGUUUAAUUACGUGCCAAGUUUGACUCAAAUCCAGCAAGCUAUCGGAGGCAAAAGAAAGAGAGGCGACGAAUGA